CAACAGCACCACCUGGCGUUUGUGGGGGGAAGUGAGCCGAUCAGCACUGUAACAUCAGUUUGAAGAUGGCGGAGGGUGAAUUGAACGUGGAUAGCCUCAUCUCUCGGCUUUGGAAGUGCGGGGAUGUCGCCCAGGAAAGAUAGUCCAGAUGACAGAGGCAGAGGUCCGGGGCCUCUGCAUCAAAUCCAGAGAGAUUUUCCUCAGCCAGCCCAUCCUGCUGGAGUUGGAGGCUCCCCUCAAGAUCUGUGGUGACAUCCAUGGGCAGUACACAGAUCUACUAAGGCUGUUUGAGUAUGGUGGCUUUCCGCCAGAGGCCAACUACCUUUUCCUUGGUGACUAUGUGGACAGAGGGAAGCAGUCUCUGGAAACCAUUUGCCUUCUGCUGGCGUACAAAAUCAAAUACCCAGAGAACUUUUUCCUGCUCAGGGGCAACCAUGAGUGCGCCUCUAUCAACCGUAUUUACGGGUUCUACGAUGAGUGUAAGCGCAGGUUCAACAUUAAGUUGUGGAAGACCUUCACUGACUGCUUUAACUGCCUUCCCAUUGCUGCUAUCAUUGAUGAGAAGAUCUUCUGCUGCCAUGGAGGGCUGUCACCUGAUUUGCAGUCAAUGGAGCAGAUCCGCAGGAUCAUGAGGCCCACAGAUGUGCCUGAUACAGGCCUGCUGUGUGACCUGUUGUGGUCAGACCCAGAUAAAGAUGUACAAGGUUGGGGAGAAAAUGACCGUGGGGUCUCCUUCACAUUUGGGGCCGACGUGGUCAGCAAGUUCCUGAACCGCCAUGACCUAGACCUCAUUUGCCGAGCCCACCAGGUGGUGGAGGAUGGAUAUGAAUUCUUUGCAAAACGCCAACUGGUCACACUUUUCUCUGCUCCGAACUACUGUGGAGAGUUUGAUAAUGCAGGCGGCAUGAUGAGUGUUGAUGAAUCUCUUAUGUGCUCCUUCCAGAUCCUGAAGCCUUCAGAGAAGAAAGCCAAAUACCAGUACGGUGGGGUUAAUUCUGGUCGGCCCGUCACCCCGCCCCGGACCACCCAAGCCCCCAAGAAAAGGUGAACCUCCAGCCUUGGCUCUCAUCCUCCACCUCACCCUGUACAUCCUUGGUCUGCCUUCAACGGCAACCCCCGUAACUCCCCUGUAUGGUGAAGAUACAGGGCUUAUCUAAUUGCCCCAUCCUUUGGAAUUCCACAUCCUCUCCUGAUCCACUGACAGCUCUUUUCUUAAUGUCUGUGUGUACAUAAAAUUGCUGUGAUCAAUCUGUUUUAUUUUUUGCCUGUUUGUUGGUAUUUUUGAUAUUAACUUUUUUUGUGGUUUUAAUUUAAUGCCAUUGGAGGUUUUCUGAGAUGUGCUAUUCAAAGAGAAGGCCUCUGCUGAGAGGGAAAGAACCAAGUUAGAAUUCUUGUUCUAUUUGUCAUCAGUAACAAACUAGAUAUUGAACAUUGCUUUGCCUUGAUAUCUUAGAGUAGAAUAAGCAUCUGUACCAAUUUAUUUCACUUCACCAAACAGGUUUCCUGUAAAACAAAUUUCAUAGACAUGACAUCUCUAAGACUUCAUUGUAACAAUU